GCGAGCUCCUCCUUGGAGAAGACAACCGGAAGCUUGGAGGUCCUGGGUAUCCCCAAGCUGGGCAGACCACCGCAAAGGACUGCUGGGGCCCCAAGGGGCCGGCUGCCUGCACGCCCAGGGCCGCGCCCACUCGGCUGGACCCACCCCAAGCACAACAGAGCCCAGAGCUUCGCAGUCAGAGGAGCAGCCCUGAGAUGUCAUUGCCUCAGGAACCCACCCAGGCGGCCCGGGUCGCAGAGCCUCACACCCAGGAGCCAGGCUCGGAAAACAGAGCCAAUCGCCUCUCAGUCUGUACGAAGGUGUGCUAUGGCAUUGGUGGGGUCCCCAACCAGGUUGCCUCCAGCGCCUCAGCCUUCUACCUGCAGAUCUUCCUACUUGAUGUGGCCCAGAUUCCGGCUGCCCAGGUGUCACUUGCCUUGUUCGGAGGGAAGGUGUCUGGGGCAAUUGCAGACCCUGUGGCUGGCUUCUUCAUCAACAAGAGCAGAAGGGCAAGAGCUGGACGGCUAAUGCCUUGGGCGCUGGGCUGCAUGCCCUUAAUUGCACUGGCCUACUUCUUCCUGUGGUUCCUGCCCCCGUUCAUCAGCCUUCGUGGGCUCUGGUAUAUCACCUUCUAUUGCCUGUUCCAGGCCCUGGCUACGUUCUUCCAGGUACCCUACACGGCCCUCACUAUGAUACUCACCCCCAGCCCUAGGGAGCGAGACUCUGCCACUGCAUACCGGAUGACCAUGGAGAUGGCAGGGACAUUGAUGGGAGCCACUGUCCAUGGGCUCAUUGUAUCCAGUGCCCAUGGGUCUCGGAGGUGUGAGGAUCCUGGGCUUUCUGGGAGUACUGCUGUCUCCCCAGAUGUAGCUCGCCUCUACUGCAUUGCAGCUGCUGUGGUUGCCUUGACUUACCCUGUGUGUGGUGGUUUGCUGUGCCUAGGAGUAAAGGAGCGGCCAGACACUUCUGCCCCAGCCUCAGGUACAGGCCUGAGCUUCUUCACGGGGCUAGCUGUCACUUCCCGGCACCCACCCUACUUGAAUCUGGUGGUCUCCUUCUUGUUCAUCUCAGCUGCCGUCCAGGUGGAACAAAGCUACCUGGUCCUGUUCUGUACACAUGCCUCCCGGCUCCAAGAUCAUGUCCAGAACUUGGUGCUAACCAUCCUGAUCUCAGCUGUGCUGAGCACCCCACUGUGGGAGUGGGUUCUCCAGCGGUUUGGGAAGAGGACAUCCGCGUUUGGGAUCUGUGUGAUGGUUCCCUUUUCUAUCUUACUGGCUGCUGUGCCCUCAGCGCCUGUGGCCUAUGUUGUGGCGUUUGUCUCUGGUGUGAGCAUUGCUGUGUCCCUGCUGCUACCCUGGUCCAUGUUGCCAGAUGUGGUGGAUGACUUCCAGUUGCAGCACCAGUAUGGCCCUGGCGUGGAGACCAUCUUCUACUCAUCCUACGUCUUCUUCACCAAGCUCUCAGGGGCAGGCGCCCUGGGCAUCUCCACCCUCAGUUUGGAGUUCGCAGGGUAUGAGGCAGGGGCCUGCCAGCAAGCAGAAGAAGUGGUGGUCACCCUCAAGGUCCUCAUUGGUGCUGUGCCCACCUGUAUGAUCCUUAUUGGUCUGUGCAUCCUCAUGGUUGGCCCUACUCCCAAGAUGCCAAGCCCGGACACCUCCUCCCAGCAAAGCCUUCGGAGGGUGGAGACCCUCAUCUCACCUCUCCCUUUCUCCUUGGCUUCUUCUCUUCCCUCAGGAGAACUAGCUACAGCCUUGCCUGAAUGUGAAGGGGACUUCUGUGAAGCCGGAAAAGCAGAAGCCUGCAUUUUCUGGAACUCUGUCCAACCCCGGAGCAUACCCUACCAAUUUAGCACACAGCAUUUCCUCUUGCAAAUGGAGAUUUUAGUGACAUCCCCUGAAGGACAGUGUGACCUCAUUUACCACUGCCACCCAUAUGCUGCUGCAGACUCCACCCCAAACCCAGUGCUCUCUUCUGAGCUCCAGAGCCCCAGACUGAAUCACCCAACCCAGUGCUUUUCAGGCAUUCCCAACAUCAUGCAUCCAAACAGAACUCAUCACCUUCCCGCCAUAGAAGAGACGUUUAAUAAAAACUAA